AUGAAUUUGUUUUUCGGGGGUAAGAAGAAGGAGGCGGCGGCGCCGCCAAAACCCAAGGUGAACCUGGGCUCCGAAGCGGCAGAUACAAUAAAGAAGCUCAGAGGCGAUAUAACAGCUUUGGAAAAAAGACGGAAGUACAUGGACGUCCAAGUGACAGAGCUUGACGAGACGGUGAGGGAGAAAGUCAGAAAGAAAGACAAAAACGGCGCGAAAAUGGCGCUUCUGAGAAAGCAGGCAUUAGUGAAGAACGCAGGACAAAUCGACAAUCAAAUACUUACGCUGGAGAACCAGUGCAUGUACUUCCUUCUGAUUAUACCUGAAAUGCUAUCCUGCUUAAUUAUGUCUAUACAACCCACUAGCCUGUAAUUGGAGCAUUAGCACUUGUAGGGCAAUGAAUUAUGCGGUUGGAGGACUCGUGUCUUUCUUCAGCAUGCCUUAUGAUUUCUGGAAGGUUGACACAGUGGUUCUUUUCACUUACUCUAUCUACACCAGGGAUGUAAUGCGAAACCGCAACCUUUUUUAUGGAUUGACAAAACUAAUCAAACAGGCAAUUGGAGAACGCAACAACGAAUAUGACUGCGGUAAAGGCAAUGGAGAGUGGAUUGAAUAUGCAGAAGAAGAUCGCAAAGGAAAUGAACGCAGACAAGGUAGAGACUCUCUUCGACGAACUGGCGGAACAGAACGAAUUCAGCAACGAAGUUUCCGAUCUUUUCGCGCAGAGUACUACUUCUUAUUUACUAUUCGUAUUUGUUUUUGUUGUUGUUGAUGAUGGGACUAGGCUUUCUUAAAUCCUGCUUGAUUUGCUGCGGGGUCAGUAGCUGCUUUUCUUUGUGCGAUGUUUUUCGUAGAUAUUUUUGUUCUAGACAUCGGAAGAAGGAAGUGAGUCGGAAUUUUCAGUCAAAUACACCAAACCAUGAUACAUAGGACCAGUUGUUUACUGAAGGAACUUUAUCCCUUUAUACUACCUUCACAGACGCAGAGCAGAUUGGAGGGGACAUGGAUGUGGACGAAGAGUUGGAUCAGCUCUCUGCACAGCUACUGCAGGAAGACCUGCUCAACACGCAAGCGGUGCCCGCAGGUGGACAGCCCUCCCGGGCACCAGCUGCUGCUGCGCCUUCCGCGGCACCGGCGCAAGAGGUACGUUUAGUGCGGAUUUCGAUUCUUUUUUUAGACCUUUUUUUAUUUUCUUGAUUUACCUCUUGAUUUAACUAAGCUAACUUAUAGUUAGAUGUUGUUUCACAUCGCAAACUUCAUCGCCCAUUCAACAUGAUUGCUCAUGUUCCAUCAUUUGGACAAGUACAACGACACUUCUUCAAGAGAAAUAGGGGUAAGUACUUAUGAUUUACCUAUUGUUACAGGCAAAACCCAGUGCGAGUGCUCUAGCAGCAGACGAAGAGGCGCAGUUAGCGGAGCUUCAAGCCCAACUGAACUUCGCAUAGUUUGGAUUUUUUGGAGACAUUACUUUUUUUCGUCGUUAUGAGAAUCAAUCACAUUGAAAACUAUGGCUAUAUGUUCAUGGUACCGUUAAAGUAAAUCUAUCAAGCACCAGGUUCUUCACCUAUGGAACGAUCGUUUGAAUCUAUCUAUCACAUUAUGGAAGGAAAAGCCAUCCAGCUCCCAAGAGACAAGUCGAUGUUAGACGUUUUGGACACUCUAUGGAAAAGCUGUGUGGAGUUGAGACGCGUUUGAGCACAAGCUGUAGACUGUUUUGGAACUUUGAUGGAGCAGAAAAAAUCAUAGACAUAUUUGGCCCCUCAUAUAUGUCGUUCUCUUGUGAAUCCUCCCCUCAUGGCGAAGGCCAAAGUUGACUAUUUAUGAACUCAACAGCAAGUCCAGAGGGUUUUUUCCUCAAUCAAGUAUUUUCGGGGAAAAAGGACAGACGAGACGAU